AUGGAAUUUCUUGCUCAAUUGUAUAACGAUGACGCCUAUGGCGACCACCUGGAUGCUAAUCCAUCUUUUUCGCUUGCGGUAAUCAGUGGCAAAAGGCUUCGAAUUGCUGAGGGUUUAUCCCGUUUCUUUGAGUUGCAUAAACGUUUUCGGGUAAAUUACUUUUCUGAGUUACAAGCUCUUUUUACCAAGGGCGUGGAUGACAGUUUGCCUUCAGAAGUUUCAGGUAUACUGAAGAGCAACUGGUGUUCAAAGCAUGUCCGAGUAAUAUGUAGCUGUGUUCUUUUUUGUUUGGACUGGGAUGAGUUGGGAGAGGCGCCGUUAGAUGAAGUUUGGUUAUCUGAGAUUUCCAACCGGUUAAGAGAAUAUACGCGUUUGUUUCAUGGCAAAGUCAUUAUUGCACUGACUACUGCGAAUGGAAUUAGAAUCAGUAAGAACGCUGCCGCGCAACUGGAGAAACUUCAAUAUGAUAUGAAAAUGUUUCUUGGUCAUGACUUCAAGGACGUUUUACCCCUUUUUGAAUUGGGAAUGGAGAAGCAGAGUGCAGGAAAACUUUUUGAAAUUGCAGUGGAGUUAGCUACAAAGUAUCAUACGGAAGAGGUAUUGCGUUUAAAGAAUUUCAAAUUUGACCCGAGCUACUCUUUGGUCAGGCGUGAUUUUAAAAUUGGAUGGCAUUACCUUGUUUUGAAUGAAAAAAAAUCAGCUCAAAAGCAUUUUGAAAAUUCGUAUAAAAUACUGAGAAAGCUAGCUCCGCCUUGGCCAGCGAUGGAGCUACGUGCCUGUGGUACCAUUCUUCUUUUUCGUGUAUUACACAAUGUUUCUCGAGAAUCGCCUAGUUUUUCAGUUGAUAUUAAUCGUGAACUUGUCGAGGAGCAUAUUAUGUGGAUUGGAAAGGCUCUCCGUUGCGGUUCUCCUGAAUUUAAGUCCAUGGCUAGAUUUCUUCGACUAUUGCUUGUGGGGGAAUGCUAUGAAUGGUUGUUUCGAAAUUGCCGUUAUUUGUCGGCUGCGACUCGAAGGGAUUAUCUUGUUGCUGCAACAGGUGCAUUUGAGGAAGCUAUUGAGCUAAGCCGGUCGUGUACUUCCACGAAAGGGCCAAAUGUUGCUCCUGUUUUUGUUGGUACAGAGUGUUACCUUGACACCCACAAUUUUAUUUUUUCUACUGAAAGUUGUUUGAGAGCUUUGCAAGUACGUAUAAAGAAUUUAUUGAGCGAAAUUGAAUUAAGUAGUAAUUUGUCUCCAGACGCGCUGUAUAUUUCUGUUGGAGCCUACAUUAAUUUCCAUGCGUGGGAACGUGUUUUUUUUUGGAUGAAAAAGUUUGGGGAACUACGUAUAGGAACCUACAGGGAAGCGGAGGUUUUACAUAAACUUUGGAUCUGUGCUAUGAACGCCACUGGCGGGAAGCUUACUGAAGAGGUUCGAGAAAAUAUUCUUUUUUCGUCGGUGUCACUCUGUUUUGGACCCACUGUGGAAAGUGUACAAAGGCAUUAUAUGCAACAGUUUCUGGUUUUGAUGAGGUUGCAUGAAUUGAACCAGGUGAAUUUGUCAUAUCCUAGAAGAGGUCAUUUUGCACCCUUUACCGUAUUAUGCAGUUUUCAGUGUGAUCAUCAUGUGUGUGCAACCCCAACGGAAAUAUAUUUUACACUUUUUACUGCCUCUGUUAAAAUGAUUACUUUGAGUUUUCUUUAUGUUACGGUUUCCCGGUUAUCUGCAGAUGGGACGGAGAGUUUGAGUACAUACUUGGUCUUAGAUAAAGGUCUAAAAUUCAAUUUAAAUGCUCCAGCUUUUGCUUGUCUUAAUGUGACUCUUGAGGAGCCGGGAAUUUAUCAUUGCACACGUGUUCAAGGAUGCGUAGAUUGUUCUGGUAUACGCUUAAAUGUGGAGUGGAAGCUUGAAAAAAAGUUGAGUAUAGAACCAUUGUUAAGACAAACAGAAAGGUUUGGAAGUUCCACUGAGCUAUUAUAUCAUAAGCCAUGGAUAUGUGUAGUCCGACCGGCGUGUCAAGUUGAUAUCGAAAUUCCUAGUACAAUUACAGCAGUUGAAGGAGAGGACCUAAAUUUGGAUAUUGUGAUAAAGUCAGAGAAAGAUUUAAACGGGAAAGGUCGUCUUGUAAUACAUUAUGUCCCUGGUUUGUAUGAAGUUGCCUGUGAUGCGUUUCAAGGGAAAUACGUGAAAAGGAGCGAAAGUUUUCGAAAGGGGUAUCGCGGCUUUGUUUUGGAUGAUCUUAAUCCUAUAUCUCGUGAUCAUCCGUUACGUGUCUCACUGAACUACCGGUGCCUCCGGGCAGGAAAAUAUAUCGCUUCUAUUUUGUUUUACUAUAACUCGGUCAAUUAUUCAGACAUUGAGAUUGUGAAAAAAAUUCAUUUGAAUAUUUUGUAUCCCUUUUCCCCAACAUAUACUUCCCUGAAGGUAUUACCGUGGUUGGUGACACCACUUACGGGGGAUGUGUUGGUGGGAUCGGAAACCACCCUCAGUGUGCCAGAUUUUUCUCGAGCAUCUAUACAACACGAAAAAUUUGUGCUGCUUCACCCGUGUUAUAGUACGAGAGAAAAUGUAUCGUCAUUCCAAGAUAACAGAGAUUCUCUUGUAUAUGCCGGUCACACUGAGGUGGAAGACAAUACUGAAAAUUUUAAUCUUACAAAGGGGGGAGAGAUUGUUCUUUUGGCCUCCAUGGAAACUCAGGCCCUCCAAGGUUUAACGGUGGAAGAUUUGGAUGUUGUUUGUACGCAUGCCGUGUUAGUUGUAUCGCUGACAGUGGGCGAACUACCUUGUCAUCUUGAGCAUUUGGAAGUUUUGAGAUUGAGUAUGAAGCUUCGUGUUUUGGAUGUUGGAAAAUUUUCUUUGGGCUUUAUUCGAAUGAUUUUAGCCCCAAUAAAUGGCGCGCAGCGUAUUGUUUCUGAUCUUCCUUUACCUGAAGUGAAAGUGGAAGAUAUGCCGCUUCUGUUGACUUUGAGGGCUCCUUCGAUUGCUAUUAUUGGUACCCCAAUCCUUAUUUCUUUUGUUGUUGCUAACAAAACAGAGCACCUUCAAAACUGUGAGAUGGUGAUUGAGAAAAAUGAUAGUUGCUUUUUAAUAGGUGGAAGAACGCAGUGGAGCUUCUGCUUACCCCCUAAUACCACCAAGUCGACAGAAAUAACUAUGCAACCACUUUGUAUUGGUACAAUUCCUUUACCUUCUUUUUAUCUACGACAUUCUACAGGUGUGGUAUCUGGAUCGUGUGCCGUGUGUGUAAGUGGCUCACAAAGGAUUUGUGUUGUACCACCCUGA